AUGUCACAACGCAAUGGGCGUGUUUUAUUACAAGAAUCAAGCAAGUUUAGGAAGAAGGAGUUUACAGCAUGCUUCAGUGAUUAUGCUGAUGGAGUAUCUAGUGGCCGGGAUACGGAUUCGCCCAAGUUUGCAAUUUUGAAUGAUUUACUCCAAAAUCCAAGUUUGAGUGCAACAGCAAACUCUAUCAAUUGUCUGCUGACUUAUAUCGAAAGGGAAGGCUAUUGGCUUCCUCAGGAGGGAACGUAUUUUGAUUCCAUUUUGAAUGUAGAAUCAUUGGAUUUUAAGAAUAAAAUGUUCUUAGAUGAUGAUACUUUUCAUUCAUUACAGAUAUUCCCUCCAUAUGAAAGUUCAGCAAACGACUCUAUUUCAAAGAAUGCACAUUUGUCGAUUUUCGAACUAUUGGACCAUACUACUACGCAGACCAGUAAACGGCUGCUAAAGUCAUGGCUCCUUAGUCCAUUGACAGAUCUUAAAGAGAUUGAAGCAAGAUAUCAAGUGAUUGAGACUUUCCACCAAGAAUACAAUUCUGCUACCUUUGAACAAUUGAGGAGACAAUUAAAAGGUUUGCCUAAUAUCUCCUCCAUUAUAAAUAGCUUCUACACAGGAAGAACAAAACUAAACACAUGGAGUUCCUUGAGACGAUACCUGGAAAGUUCCAUUGAAAUAUACCAUUUGGUGAUUCUAAUAAAAGCUGCUGGGAAUGUUAAUCUCUUUCAAAGGAUAACGGAUUUAUUGGAUCCUGAUGUUCUACGAACACUGCUUCAUUCAUUAGAUGCAGCAAUAGAUUUUGCAGUGUCUCAAGACAUGAAUGCAAUAAUUAUUAAAAAUGGCGUCCACCAAGAUCUGGACGAUCACAGAAAGGUAUAUGACGAAUUGGAAAAGAUUCUAUCAGUUGUUGCCAAAGAAGCAGAGUAUAUUAUCGUUAACUUACUUGAUGAAGAGGAAAAAUACAAUUUUGCGAAGCAGAAUAGUAACAACAACUUUAUCAAUGCUGUAUAUGUACCACAAUUGGGAUAUUUGAUUACGGUUGAUAUCGAAUUAGAAUCCAUUUUGAAUAAUAAUGCACAGUUAAGAUGGCGAGAAAUGUUUAGGACGUCCACAACAAUUUACUUUAAAAAUGAAGAGGUUACGAAUAUGGAUCAAUAUUAUGGUGAUAUAUAUGCCCUAAUAUCUGACUUAGAGAUUGAAAUAUUAUAUUCGUUACAAAAAGAGGUUUUGAAGCACAAGAAGAUGUUGAUCGACAGUUGCAUGUGCUUUUCAGAGUUAGAGGUCCUUUCCAGCUUUGCGCAUGUAAGCGAACUACAUAAGUACAGUAAACCAGAAUUGACCGAGGAAAAUUGCAUUUUAAAAAUUAAGGGAGGCCGACAUGCGCUAUAUGAAACCAUUGUGGAUACUUAUAUUUCCAACGAUUUUGACCUCGAUGGUGGAUCAUUCAGCGAUAAAGAUUGGUGCAGCCAUAAUUACAAUAGGGUUGCAGUCUUGACAGGCGCAAACGCUUCCGGAAAAUCUGUUUUUUUAACCCAAAAUGGUCUAAUUGCGUACAUGGCUCAUAUAGGAUGUUAUGUCCCCGCUACAUCAGCUAAAAUUGGCGUCGUUGAUAAAAUAUUAACUAGAAUUAAAACCAGAGAAACUGUUCUGAAAACCCAAAGUACAUUUCAAUUGGAUGCACAACAGAUGGCAAAAUGUAUCGGCUUGAUGACAGAGAAGAGUCUUUUGCUAAUCGACGAGUUUGGUAAGGGCACGGACAUUAUUGACGGCCCUGCAUUAUUUGGCGCAAUUAUAUCACAUUUGGGAAAAAAUGAACGGUGCCCUAGAACGAUUGCUUGUACACAUUAUAAUGAAUUAUUUGGACCUGCAAUUCUUACAGAUUCUAUUCCUGGUGUUGUUCACUUCCAAACACAAAUCUUAUUAAACUCUGUAUCAGCUAGUGGUAAAAUUGAUGCAACGAUAUUAAAUGAGGGUAUUACUUUCCUUUAUAAAGUAUCUAAAGGGCUUGCCAAAAGUUCUUUUGGUGUUUAUUGUGCAAAAAUUUGCGGCUUGAACGAGAAUAUAGUAUCAAGGGCAGAACAUCUAGUAAAAUUGAUCAAUGAUGGAGAGGAUCUUGUCGAAUAUUGCGGCAAACCGACACCUGAAGAAUUGGCAAAAUUUCAAGAGAAUCAAGAGGUUGUUAAGCGAUUUCUCAGCUGGGAUCUGGAUCUUGAAACAAAUUUAGAAUCUUCAAUCCUUCGUGAAAAGCUUGGUAUGAUAUUAGAAACACCCCAAACCAGACCUGUUAGCGAGCAGAUGAAUAACACUUCAGAGUUAUUCAUAAAAGAGUGA